CGUCAGAGCUUACUUUGAAUAUUCAUUACUUUUCGCGGGCUUUCAGCGUCAUGUGGUCGUUUCGCGCGAAAAGCGACUCCGGCAGGAAGAAGAAGAAGUUUCUUUACAAGAGGCAGAGAGAGACAGACGUGCAGCGAUGGCGGAUUCCUCUGAGUCGUACCACAUGGCCACCAGCCCCAGCCGAGCCUCCAGGAGAGGAGACCUGACGUCCAGCCCUGGACGAGACCUGCCGCCCUUUGAGGAUGAGUCGGAGGGGCUGCUGGGGGAGGGACCCCUGCCCGGAGAGGAGGAGGAGGACGCAGAUGGGGAGGACCUGAUCGGGGACGGGAUGGAGAGGGAUUACCGGGUCAUCCCGGCACUGGAUCAGUACGAAGCAGAGGGUCUGGACCUGGACGAUGAGGAUCUGUCCGAGCUGUCGCCUGGAGCCAGGGCCGCCGCCGAGGAGGCGAUGAGGAGGAGGGACAGGGAGCAGGGAAUCAGCGGGCGGCUGAGGAGAGGACUGCUCUACGACAGCGAAGAUGAGGAUGACGAGCGCCCGGCGGCUCGGCGAAGGCGAUUGGCUGAGCGGGCAGCAGAGGGCGUCGCAGAUGGAGAAGAGGAGGAAAUGAUCGAGAGCAUCGAGAACCUGGAGGACAUGAAGGGCCACACUGUGAGGGAGUGGGUGUCGAUGGCGGCUCCCAGACUGGAAAUCUACAACCGCUUCAAGAACUUCCUGCGGACUCACGUGGACGAAAACGGCCACAACGUGUUCAAGGAGAAAAUCAGCGACAUGUGUAAAGAGAAUAAGGAGAGUCUGGUUGUAAACUACGAAGACCUCGCAGCCAGAGAACAUGUCCUGGCCUAUUUCCUGCCCGAGGCUCCGACUGAGAUGUUGAAGGUUUUUGAUGAAGCGGCUAAAGAGGUGGUGCUCGCCAUGUACCCGAAAUACGACCGCAUCGCCCACGAGAUCCACGUCCGCAUCUGCAACCUGCCGCUGGUCGAGGAGAUCCGCUCGCUCAGGCAGCUCCACCUGAACCAGCUGAUCCGGACGAGCGGUGUGGUGAGCAGCUGCACCGGCGUCCUCCCUCAGCUCGGCAUGGUCAAGUACAACUGUAACAAGUGUAACUUCGUGCUCGGGCCCUUCUUCCAGUCCCAGAACCAGGAGGUGAAGCCGGGCUCCUGUCCCGAGUGUCAGUCCCAGGGGCCGUUCGAGAUCAACAUGGAGGAGACGGUGUACCAGAACUACCAGAGAAUCACCAUCCAGGAAAGCCCCGGUAAAGUCGCCGCCGGCCGCCUGCCGCGCUCCAAAGACGCCAUCCUGCUCGCUGACCUGGUGGACAACUGCAAACCUGGAGACGAGAUCGAGUUGACGGGCAUCUACCACAACAACUACGACGGCUCUCUGAACAUGGCAAACGGCUUCCCUGUGUUCGCCACGGUGAUCCUGGCCAACCACAUCACCUGCCGGGACGAGGGCGUCGCCGUGGCCGAGCUGACGGACGAAGACGUGAAGGCCAUCGUUGCCCUGUCCAAGGACGAACGCAUUGGAGAGAGGAUCUUUGCCAGCAUGGCUCCGUCCAUCUACGGUCACGAGGACAUCAAGAGAGCCCUGGCCCUGUCGCUGUUCGGAGGAGAGCCUAAAAACCCAGGUGGUAAACAUAAGGUGCGUGGAGACAUCAAUGUGCUUCUGUGUGGAGACCCAGGAACGGCCAAGUCCCAGUUCCUCAAGUACGUGGAGAAGGUGGCGAGUCGCGCCGUGUUCACCACAGGUCAGGGAGCCUCUGCCGUCGGUUUGACCGCCUACGUCCAGAGACACCCGGUCAGCCGAGAGUGGACGCUAGAGGCCGGAGCGCUGGUGCUGGCCGACCGCGGCGUCUGUCUGAUCGAUGAGUUCGACAAGAUGAACGACGCAGACAGGACGAGUAUCCACGAGGCCAUGGAGCAGCAGAGCAUCUCCAUCUCUAAAGCCGGCAUCGUCACCUCGCUGCAGGCCAGGUGUACCGUCAUCGCUGCCUCUAACCCCAUUGGCGGGAGGUACGACCCUUCACUGACCUUCGCUGAGAACGUCGACCUGACGGAGCCAAUCGUGUCGCGUUUUGACGUCCUGUGUGUCGUCCGAGACACCGUCGACCCCGUGCAGGAUGAGAUGUUGGCGCGCUUCGUGGUCGGCUCCCACAUCAAACAUCACCCCAGUCACAAGGAUGGCGGCGUGGCCUUAGAAGAGGUGGUUCUGCCCAACUCCUCCGACGUGCCGCCGAUUCCCCAGGAGCUGCUGAGGAAGUACAUCAUCUACGCCAAGGAGCGGGUUCAUCCCAAACUGAACCAGAUGGACCAGGACAAGGUGGCUCGCAUCUACAGCGACCUCCGCAAAGAGUCGAUGGCCACAGGCAGCAUCCCCAUCACAGUUCGUCACAUUGAGUCCAUGAUCCGCAUGGCCGAGGCCCACGCCAAGAUGCACCUGAGGGACUACGUGCUGGAGGACGACGUCAACAUGGCGAUCAGGGUGAUGCUGGAGAGCUUCAUCGACACGCAGAAGUUCAGUGUCAUGAGGAGCAUGAGGAAGACGUUCGCUCGUUACCUCGCCUUCCGCAGAGACAACAACGAGCUGCUGCUCUUCAUCCUCAAACAGCUGGUGGCCGAGCAGGUGGCCUACCAGAGGAACCGGUACGGAGUCCAGAACGACACCAUCGAGAUCCCAGAGAAAGACCUGCAUGACAAGGCGAGACAGAUCAACAUCCACAACCUGUCGGCCUUCUACGACAGCGACCUUUUCCGCUCCAACAAGUUCAGCCAUGACGGGAAGAAGAAACUGAUCCUGCAGCAGUUCUAAGAGCCUCCUCCUCUUCCUCCUCGCUAAAACAGUGCUACAUGAACUCUGUUCCUGGACCCAAAAUGGGUCAUUGGGGAGAAAAGAAACUGCUCUGUUUUUCAUCAUGUCGGACUCCAGGGUGAGGACGUUGAUGCCUUUGGGGUCUAAACUGAUUGGGAAAUGUCUGAAGAGGAGAAAAAUGCCUUCAUCAACACGGCGUGAAAUUGUUCCACUGGAGGAAGGAGGCAAUUUUCACCCUUAACAGAAGACGGUCAGAGCGUUAAAGUGGAGAUUUAGAUGCUGAUUUUUGAAAGAAUUGAAUCUUAAAGUAGCAGAAGAGGGAAGAGGAUCCUGAAGAUGUAGAAUUUCUAGUGUUCAAAAAGUCAAAUUAUCCGCUCAAGUUUAUACCUGAUGUUUCCCUGCAUCCCCACGAACGAUUAACUGCAAAAAAUAUACAGUAAAAUAAGCAAAAAGAAUUGUUUAUAUCACAAAAAAUAAGAGGAUCUAACUCUUCCGGUCUGUAUCUGGCCCUCAGGUGGGGCUUUUUGUAAAUAAAUGUACAUGUUUGUGUCGGUGUUGUUGAAGAAACGGGAUUUAUUGUUUGACCUGAACUCACCUGGUAACUGGUGUCAGGAUGGAGGAUGUUUUACAGACAGAGGUGCAGAUUUAAAUGUGUCAGAUAGUUAAAAAGAAACACAUUAAGUACUUAAAGAGGUUAAAACAAACUCGUGUUUAAUGUUUCUACUGUUUUCAUUCACUUGUAGGUCUGUUUUGAUAUUAAACUUGUAUUUGUUAAA